CUCACGCAACACAAACAGACAGACACGCAGCCACACGAGAAACAGCGAUGGACGUAGUAGUACUGAGCUCAGGACACGGAAUGCCGUUGAUCGGGUUCGGAACGUUGACGAUGCCUCUUCCAAUGCAUGAUGUGUUGACUUUCGCUUACCUGGAUGCCAUCGAGGCCGGGUACCGCCACUUCGACACGGCGGCCCAGUACGGUACGGAGGAGCCGCUUGGCCAAUCCAUUGCCGAAGCCAUGAAGCGUGGCCUCGUCGAGAGCCGCGACAAGUUCUUCAUCACCACCAAGCUCUGGUGCACCGACGCCCAUCCGAACCUCGUUGUUCCUGCCCUCAAGAAUUCUCUCAAGAGGCUAGGGUUAGAGUAUGUGGAUCUGUAUCUAAUCCACUGGCCGGUGAGACUGAAGGAAGGAACCGAAGGGAUAAACUUGAAAGGCAAAUUGCUUCCAUUCGACAUCAAGGGCACAUGGGAGGCCAUGGAAGAGUGCUCCAAGCUGGGCUUGGCCAAGUCCAUCGGAGUCAGCAACUUUGGCACCAAGAAGCUCUCUCAACUCCUCAUCCAUGCCACAAUCCCCCCUGCUGUUAAUCAGGUGGAGAUGAAUGUGGCAUGGCAACAAGAGAAACUGAGGACGUAUUGCAGAGAGAAGGGAAUACAUGUGAGUGGUUGGUCUCCAUUGGCAGCGAAUGGAGCUCCUUGGGGUUCAUUAGCCGUUAUGGAGAAUCCUCUGCUUAAGGAGAUUGCUAUUGCCAAGGGAAAGACCGUGGCUCAGGUGGCACUAAGGUGGAUAUAUGAGCAAGGGUCAAGCAUCAUUGUGAAGAGCUCCAACAAGGAGAGAAUGAGAGGGAACCUGCAAAUUUUGGGAUGGGAACUUAGCCAGGACGAUUUGGAGAGGAUGAAGCUGCAAAUCCCACAGAGAAGAGGCUGCGCAGGAGAGAUUUUCAUUGCUGAAGAUGGACCUUACAAGUCGGUGGAUGAGCUUUGGGAUGGAGAUGCUUGACCAUCCCACACAUAAUUUUUCUUAUUAUUUGAUG